AAAGACGUUGCUUUCAUCGUCUCUAGCCGAUUUCUAGAUUCUCCUCCACCACCAUUUUACCCUUCUUUUAAAUUCCUUCCUUCAAUCAAAAUUAGAAUUAUUUCUCAAACCUCUUCUUUAUAUACUAAAACGUCUCACAUGAACAAGAAGAAUAAAUAGAAACAAAGAAGAUGAACAAGAACAAGAUUGAUGUUAAGAUCGAGACGAAGAAAGGAUCGAUGGAUGAGUGGCCUGAGCCAAUCGUCCGAGUCCAGUCCUUAGCCGAGAGCAACCUCUCCUCUCUCCCCGACCGUUACAUCAAACCAGCGUCUCUACGCCCCACCACGACCGAAGACGCUCCUACCGCGACCAACAUCCCAAUCAUAGACCUUGAAGGACUCUUCUCGGAAGAAGGGUUGUCUGAUGACGUCAUCAUGGCUCGGAUAUCGGAGGCUUGCCGUGGGUGGGGGUUCUUCCAGGUGGUGAACCACGGGGUCAAACCGGAGCUGAUGGACGCGGCUAGGGAGAAUUGGAGAGAGUUUUUCCAUAUGCCGGUUAAUGCCAAAGAGACUUACUCAAACUCACCAAGAACCUACGAAGGCUAUGGAAGUAGACUAGGUGUUGAGAAAGGAGCAAGUCUUGAUUGGAGUGAUUAUUACUUUCUCCAUCUUCUUCCUCAUCAUUUGAAAGACUUCAACAAGUGGCCUUCUUUUCCUCCCACCAUAAGAGAAGUGAUCGAUGAAUACGGCGAAGAGCUAGUGAAGCUAAGUGGGAGAAUUAUGAGGGUAUUAUCGACAAACUUGGGACUAAAAGAGGAUAAGUUUCAAGAAGCAUUUGGAGGUGAAAACAUUGGGGCGUGUUUGAGGGUUAAUUAUUACCCAAAAUGCCCUCGACCGGAGCUGGCUCUUGGUCUCUCUCCACACUCCGAUCCUGGCGGUAUGACCAUUCUCUUACCGGACGAUCAAGUCUUCGGUCUCCAGGUUCGUAAAGAUGACACGUGGAUCACCGUCAAGCCUCAUCCCCAUGCUUUCAUCGUCAAUAUUGGUGAUCAAAUACAGGUAGAUUAACUUUUUAUUAAUAUCCAUGUUGCUAAUAUUCUAUAAAUAUAUUUUAACAACCUUAAAAAUAAUAUGUAAACAAAUUAACAUAGUAUUAGAAAGAAACGAUAAUUAAGAAACAUAUAAACAAAGUAAAUAUCACCUAAAGAAUUACUAAUUUACUACUUGUUGAGUUUUAAUCUUAAAACUGUAAUAUUUUUUUUUAACAAAAAAAAAAGACUGUAAUAUUUUUUUCGAAAAACAAUGUUUUAAAGAAUAUCUAAAUUCCCUAUUAUCUUGUAUCAGAGAAAAUCGUCUAUACAGAAAAGGACAAAUGCGAAAGUUGUUAUUUGACAACCAAUGAAUAUGAUAUAAGCUAUAGUUCCACGUUUUAGACACGUUUUAAAAAUGCAAGUAUGAUAAACAGCUACCACUUGGUGCCAAAAUGCCUUUAUGAUUUUUUCAACGAAAAUAAUGUAAUUAUUAAGUCAUUAUUCCGACAAUAGAAAUUACGUCCUUUUAGAUCUAUCCUGUCAAACCAAAUUUUAUGGACAACUUUCUUUAGAAGAUAGUACAGCAAUCGUAAUUUGGAAUUAAUCGUUUUAUUUAUUAAUCUGUGUCUGUCUCUAUAUUUGUAAUACGAAACAAAUAGUACAUCAAAUCCUUCACUGCGCACAUGUGUGUGUUUGGCCGUUUGCCCAUGUUGCAUAGAAGGAAUAUUUAUUUCUACAAUGUAUAACACGAUUUUUAAAACAAACACCAUAUGUAUAUGCACAUGAAAUUUCUCAAAACAUCAUAAACUUAGAUAUUAUUAAUGUUUUUCUAAAUUGUUGUACUUUUAGAAAAUAAAUAUUGUGUUUUGUCUAAAUUUUACCUUAGAAUCACACAACUUACGUGUUGAUAAGCUAAUACAUGUUGCGAUGAUGAAAAAUGCAGAUACUAAGCAACUCAACAUACAAGAGUGUGGAGCAUAGAGUGAUAGUGAACUCGGACAAGGAGAGAGUUUCACUUGCCUUCUUCUACAAUCCUAAAAGCGAUAUUCCGAUCCAACCAUUACAAGAACUUGUAUCAACUCAUAAUCCUCCUUUAUACCCUCCCAUGACCUUUGAUCAGUAUAGACUCUUUAUCAGAACUCAAGGUCCACAAGGCAAAUCCCAUGUUGAAUCUCAUAUUUCUCCUCGUUGAUUGUUUUUCUUUUAUUUCUUCCCUUAAAGAAAAAUUAAUGUUUUGUUAUUUUUAUGAUAUUACGUCUGACUUGUAUAUGUGUACAAUCAUUUAUAUUUUGAAUUUUCAAAGGAUGAUUUGCCUUCAUGCAUGCAAAUAACAAUAUUGAAUUGCAUA